AUGGCCACUGCGACGUCGGCUGCCCCUGCUAGCUCGCCGGCGCCCCGCCGUCCUCACCCCGCUCGCCACCACCCGCUCGCGCCGCCCCUGCCCGCGCUGUCCGCCACCGCGCCCGCUACCCCCCUGGACGCGCGCCCGCCUCCUCGUUGUCGCGCCCCUCCUGGGCUGUCGUCGCUGCUGCUCCGCCGGCGACUGCCCUCGCCGGUGCCGAGCCAGGCCGCCGCGGCCCGCCGUUGCCCUCUGCUCGCCCGACCGGGCGUGCUCGCGCCCGUGGCCGCAUGCCUACCCUGCGCGCCCGUUAGCCCGCCCCGGUAG